AUGGAUCGGUUACCGCCGCCACCCGGACUUAACCUUACUGGAAACUUAGCGGAGAACUGGAGAAGAUUCCAACAGCAGUACGAUGUUUACGCUGUAGCGAGCGGUGUCGCAAGCAAAGGAGACAAAGUCCAGGGGAUGACCCUACUCCACGUGUUAGGACCGGACGCCAUUGAUGUCUACAACACAUUCACGUGGACGGGAGACGACGAUAAGACUAAGGUAGCAGAUAUCAAAAAGAAAUUUAAGGAAUAUUGCAAUCCUAAGAAAAAUGUAACCUAUGAGAGACACAGUUUUAAUACACGAAAUCAGAAGGAGGGAGACCCGGUCGACGCAUUUGUGACUGAACUCAAACAAAAGGCAAGUGUAUGUGAAUUUGGUGAACUGAGAGAUUCUUUAAUAAGAGAUCGAAUCGUUUGUGGAAUUCGAAGUGAUACUGUGCGUGCCAGAUUGUUAAGAGAACGAGAACUCACACUGCAGAGUGCCAUAGACAUUUGUAGGGCAGCGGAAGUGUCGGAAUCGCAACUCCGAGAAAUGGGAGAAGAGAAAAACGUUCACGCAGUCAGAGACAAGAAACAGAGGUACAAACAGAAGGAUGCUCAACCCCAGCAUAAAGGUCAGUGUAAAUACUGUGGAUUAGAUCAUCCUAAGGGGCCAGAUCAUUGUCCAGCUUACGGAAAAACAUGUUAUAAGUGUAAACAGAUGAACCAUUUCGCAGUCAUGUGCAAGUCUAAGAUGCGGACACAUCCCGUGAAACAGAGAAACCCGAGGAAAGCAAAAGUUCAUCAUAUUGAAGAGAGCCGAGAAGACUCAGAUGAUGACUUUUUCAUGUAUUCAGUUGACACACACAAGGAUGAUGAUUGGACAGUAAAGCUACUAGUCAAUGAUGCAAUACCUAUUAACUUUAAAAUUGAUACUGGAGCCAAGUGCAAUGUCAUGAGUUUAAAAGCGUGCAAGUAUGCCAACAUUGACACUAAACAACUAAUGCGUAGCAACAAAAUACAGAUUGUUGAUGAUGACGUCCAACCUGUUCUUGGACUCAAGUCCAAUAUUGACUUGAAUUUGGUGAAUCGUGUGUAUACAGUGAAGAAGAAUCAAAGUACCAAAAGUGCAGAAGGACUGUUGAAAGAAUAUGAUCAUUUAUUUCAUGGAAUUGGAUGUCUUCCAGGAAAAUAUGACAUCAAGGUUGAUUUCAGCAUACCACCGGUAGUUGCGCCACCUCGGAGAAUACCACAUACUUUGAAGGACAAAGUUUUAGAAGAACUACAGAGGAUGGAAUCUAUGAAGAUAAUCUCGAAAGUGGAAAUCCCAACUCAGUGGGUCAGCCCUAUUGUAGUCGUCAAGAAACCAAAUGGGAAAGUCAGGAUUUGUUUGGAUCCGCGAGAACUGAAUAAGGCUAUUUUAAGGGAACACUAUCCACUUAAGACCGUCGAAGAAGUGGUUGCUAACCUUAAGCAUGCAAAGCAUUUCAAAACUCUGGAUGCCGCUUCAGGAUUCUGUCAAAUACAGCUGACCGAGGAGAGUUCGUGGUUCACCACAUUUAAUACACCCUUCGGAAGAUUUAAGUUCGAGAGACUUCCGUUUGGAAUAUCGUCAGCGCCAGGAGUGUUUCAGAGGGCCAUGUCUCAUGUAUUUGAAAAUCAGCCUUGUGAAGUGAUUGCAGAUGACAUUUUGAUGUGGGCAGAUAGUGAACAGGAACACUUAGAAAAACUCAGUCAAAUACUGAAGAGAGCUGAGGAUGUCGGAUUACGUUUCAACAAGGACAAGUGCAAAGUAAACAAAUCAGAAGUUGAGUAUGUAGGACAUGUUUUCAGUUCAGAAGGUGUGAAGCCCAGUGGUGAAAAAAUCAAAGCAAUUUUAGCAAUUCCAGCACCAGAAAACAAGAAGGAAUUACAGCGAUUCAUGGGGAUGAUAAAUUACUUAGGAAAGUUUAUUCCAAACUUGUCUACCAGGAACCAAUCACUCAGACAGUUGCUAGAAACCGAUGUUGCAUGGCACUGGAAUGACGAACAGGAAAAAGCCUUUAAUGAUCUUAAGGGAGCAAUAACAUCAACGCCGACAUUGAAAUAUUUCGACGUUAAUGAGGAUGUCAAACUUUCCGUUGAUAUGGACUUGGUGCGUGCAUCAUGCAGAAGGAGCAACCUGUGGCUUAUGCAUCAAGAGCCUUGA